AUGGUCGCUGAAGGACAACUUCGGGAAGCGAGUGAGGCGUUCUUUGACGCUUUCGCCUCCGACACACCCCCUCUCAAGCUGCUGUCAUAUUUCUCGACCACCUCACCCGUCACGAUCCAGCACGCUCCUGCCGAGUGUCCGAUACCCCAGGCAUCAAGGCUAGUAGGACCUAAUGCGCUACGCUCCUAUUUUGACCUGCUAUCGACCCACUUUCUGCGUGGUCCUGUACACGCUCAGGCACCCCCGCAGGUUGAUCCGAUUGCGCGACAGGUCACGCUGGCUGCUAGUACGACCUGGACGUGGAGGAAGAGCGGGCGAGCGUGGACCGAGGACUUUAUAUGGACGUUGGAGUAUGAUGAGGGCCUCAAGAUCGUUAGUUUCGUCAUCCGGACGGUGUCGGGCCCGGGGACGUGUGUGAUGCGUGCGGUUGACACCGACCCGCUGAUGAGGGGCUGCAGUAACGGCAACGACACAACGCGCAAGGCUUUUGUAGGUGUCCUUUCCUCGCACUUAUCCCUUUCUCCUCGUCGUUUACGCUGCGCUUCGGAUUAG